GCCGGACGAAAGUGGUGUGCUACACGCGAACUGAAAUAAUUAAAAUUUAAAAAAAAUAUAUACACAUCUGUGAUACGAAAACAGUAUUAAGCGGGAUUUUGUCGUGGUUCGUUUCAGUGUGUUGUGACUGUCAGUGUAGAGUGGUUGCUGUGAUAAUUUAAUAACCAUGAAGCCACUAUUCCCUAUAGUGGUAGCCUUCCUGGUGAUCGCGGCGAACGCACACCCAGAAAACAUCGAGGAAGUCAAAGAACUACCCCAAAGUCACGAACCAGUCCUCGAGGCAGAAGCUAGCGAGCCACAGGCAAGAACAGAGCGAUGCACAGCAUGUGCAGGCACCCACAGCUUGAAAUCACCCAAAGAACUCCUAGCCUCGCUGAAAACCCUCCCCAAUGCUGAGGUCCACACUCAAUCCUCUUUCGAGGAGUGCUCAUCCGAAAAGGGAUGCGCUGGAGUCAAGAUAAAGGAUGGCAAAAUCAUCCAGAAGUUCGGUAACCUACAGGCGUUCAAGGCUGCCGCCAACGCUGACUCAGCCAACGAAUUCCAGUUCCAAGCAGCUGGAAACAGCGUCUUCGAAGGUGGUGUCGCCAACGGUGGCCCAUUCUGGUGGAUGAACGAACAGAACUCUCCCUUCAAAAACGCUGGCGGCUCCUUUGAGAAGUUCAGCAAGUCUUCUUCUAGCUUCACCAGCUCAAGCAACUCUGGUGCUGGUGGUGUCGAUUUGGGUGCCAACCCAUUCUUGAACGGUGGUUUCUCUAAAUUGGCUGGUGGUGCUGGAUUUACCGGCGCUGGUGGCAACUUUGCUGGCAGCCAGUCCUUCGAAUCAUCAUCCUCGACCAAGGAGAUCGACAUCAGCAAGAACCCAUUCUUGAGUGCAGGUGCUACUGGUUUCGGUGGACAGAGCUCUUUCGGCAGCGCUCAAGGUAGCUUCGGAGGUGGUCAAAGCGGCUACAACAGCUACAGCUCCGGCUCCAAAUUCGGUUCAGGCUACACUGGUUCCUCUCCAUCUCCCUUCGCGGCUUCAUCUGGUGCCAACGUGAACUUGAUCCAGAACUCUCAGAAGAACGAAUUCGACUACGCCCAGCAGACACAACAGAACAUUGACGAGAUCUUCCAGAGCACUGGCAAUGUAAAUGCUCAUGACAACUCUGGCCUGCAGCAGACCUGCGCUGGACAAGGAUACGUGUGUGUGUUGAAAUCCCAAUGCAACAAUGGUGUUGUCAACACUAAUGGAGGUGGUCUGCUUCAAGCUAACACACAGAAACAAUACUGCAACACUAGAACUGAGAUCUGCUGCAGAAUCGAAACCUCAGGCGCUGGCAUCCAAGGAUCCCUUGGAGUAGGAUCCGGAUCUUUCCAGGCUAGCCAAGGCUCCGGAGUCUUCCAGGGCUCAAGCCAAGGCCAAUCCAGCUUCGGAGCUGGCUUCAACGCGAACAGAGGCAGUGGAUUCGGCACCCAAUUCUCAUCAGGAGCUGGUUACAACAGCAACAAAUUCGGAGCUUCUGGAGCUGGUUUCGGAUCUGGCUUCAAAUCGACCAGCCAGUCUAACUUCGUCGAAACCGAUUCCUUCUCUGCUGGUUCAGAAAACAACGGUAUCUACCGUCCAGGUGCUAUUGGCUCCGGACUUAAACCUGGCGUGCCAUACUUGCCUCCUGUAGACACUUCGACUAGCGGAUCCAACGUGGUUUCCACCGCUUACUCACCAGCUGUUAUCACCACUCCUCGUCCCUUCACCACUCCUCGCCCUGUCACCACUCCCAGGCCUUACUCGACUCCUAAACCUUAUGUGCCUUCGACCAAGGCUCCUGAAUACCUGCCUCCCAUUGAUGGCAUCACCGGCGCUGACACUUUCCCACAGCCAACUUACAUUGAUGGACAGCUGAUCUUAGACGAGAACCUCCCAAGACCUGUUGCACCUGUUAUUAUUGGUGACCUGCCCGCUGGUUGCGCCGCUGCCCUGAAGUGCACACCCAUCGAAUACUGUACCGCUGAGGGAGUCAUCUCCAACACCACUGUUGUGCUGACCAGAGACCAGGAAGCUUACAGAGUACCUUUAACUGACUGCAAAGACAUUUCAUCUGGUCGCGUUGGCAAGUGCUGCCGUGAUCCCUUCUACACUGACCCAUGGCCAGUCAACCAAAUCGGACAAUGGGUGCCCGGAGUCUUCGGUGGAAACGAUGGACAAUACGUACCAGACAACCGUGGCAGUCCAAACAAUCAACCAGGAGUGUCUGUCAGGCCACCAGUUACAGGAUCCGUUUAUUUGAACAACUUUAGAACGACACCCAAGCCAACUCCACCAGUCGGACCCAACCAGGUCACCCAAGGUUUCCCCGCAACCACCGUGACACCCGGCUCUUUCGUCCAGAAGACACAGUUCGGACAGGGUUCCUACUCCCAAGGAGGUCAAGGACAAGUCGUUAUCCAAGGUCAGGGGAAAUAUGGAGUAGCUGGACAAGGUAGCCAAGGUGCUGGUGCUGGUGGCCAGUUCGCUCAAGGGUCAUCCUACUCCCAGACCACAUCUGGCUUCGGUCAAAGUCAAACUGGUGGCAGUGGACAGGCUGUAGUCCAAGGUCAAGGAUCCUACCUCCAGGGUGGAGCUGGACAAAUUGAGGUCGUUGGACAGGGUUCCCAAGUACAACAAGGUCUUGGUUUCGGUGUCUCCCAAGGAGGUGGCCAAGUGAUCCGUCAAGGUCAAGGAGUAACUGUCUCCCGCGGAGAAGGUGUUGGUGUCUCUCAAGGAUUCGGAACUGGAAUCCGUCAGGGUUCAGGAUCUGCUGUCGUUCAAGGAGGAGGAUACGGAAUUAGACAGGGACAAGGACAAGUUGUAUCCCAAGGACAAGGCGUAGGAGUCAUUCAAGGUCAGGGCCAGGCAGUUAGACAGGGUGGAGGCCAGGGUGUCAUUCAGGGAGGAGGUCAAAUCGUCUCCCAAGGACAAGGAUUCGCCGUUUCUCAAGGUCAAGGACAGGGAGUGUCCCAGGGUGUAGGCAUCGGUGUCAUCCAAGGACAGGGUGUGGGUGUUAGCCGUGGACAAGGAUUCGCCGUUACCGGAGGUCAAGGACAAUACACUACCCAAGGACAAGGACAAUCCGUUAGCCAAGGAGUUGGAUUCGGAGUGUCCCAAGGACAGAGUACGGCUAUCAGACAGGGACAAGGUUUCGGUGUGUCACAAGGACAAGGAUUCGGAAUCUCCCAAGGAGGUGGAGUAGGAGUAUCUCAAGGAAACGGCUACAGGGUAUCCCAGGGUGGUGGCUAUGGAAUCAGCCAAGGUAUCGGCUUCGGAGUACAACAGGGAUCCGGCCAGGCUAUCCUACAGGGUCAAGGACAGAAGUUGAUCCAAGGUGGAGGAUACUCUAUCUCAAACGGAGGUGGAUACGGAGUUGAGAAUGAGUUUGCUGAGUCUGUACAGAGGGUCUACCUGCCCAGAUACACCGGAUCUGGAGAUUGUGGACUACUGAACCCGCAAAAACCCUACGGAAACCGCAAGGAUCUGGAGGUGGACUUCGCCGAGAUCCCCUGGCAAGCGAUGGUGCUGCUGCAGACUAACAGGAGCCUUCUGUGUGGAGGAGUCAUCACCAGACCCGAUGUUGUCAUCACUUCUGCUAGCUGCGUUGAAGGCCUCAAAGCAGAGAACGUGCUCAUCAAGGGAGGAGAAUGGAAACUUGGAAUCGAUGAGGAGCCCCUCCCAUUCCAGAUCGUCCAGGUCAAGACCAUUCUUCGCCACCCCCAGUACAAGGCCGGAAACUACGUCAAUGACGCUGCCAUUCUAGUCCUGUCUGAAAACCUGAGGCUAGCCAAGAACAUCUGGCCUAUAUGCCUUCCAUCAUCCAAAGAUACCCUGGACGCCUUCUACAAUGGAGCUGGCGAAUGUAUUGUCACUGGAUGGGGCAAAUCCGUGUUACAAGCUCAUCUCCUCGGCAGUAUCAUGCACAGCAUGAACGUAUCUCUUCUGAACCCUGGAGAAUGCGAGUCCAAGAUCACCCAGGACUACCCUCACCUUCUGGAACACUACGACCAGGAGAGCUGCGUCUGUGGACAGCCUACCAACCCAGCCAACAACAUCUGCAAGGUCGACAUCGGUAGCGCCCUCGCCUGCACAACUGGUGACAACCACUACGUCCUCAGAGGAAUCUACUCCUGGGACUCUGGCUGCCAGACAGGCAACCAGCUCGCCUCAUUCUACAAGUUCGACCUCGAAUGGUACGAAUGGGCCAUCGGUCUCAUCGAGAGCGUCAGAUUCGAAAAGUACACCGUCGUCAAGGUCACCAAGAACAAGAUCAUCACCCAAGGCACUGGUAUCAAGACCACUUAUGGCACCGGAGUUAAGGGAACCACUGGCUUCGGCAUCAAGGGCACCUCCGGAGUUGGCAUCAAGGGUUCAUCCGGCAUCGGUAUCAAGGGUUCAGUCUCCUCAGGAGCAACAGCCGUCUCUGGUAGUGGACUAGGCAUUAAGGGCUUCGAAAUCUCAGGCCAAGGCUCUGGAUCAGGACUCGGCAUCAAGGGCUUCGGUAUCGCAGGACAAGGCCAAUCAGGAGAGUUCACCCAAUUCGGAUCAGCUAACUUCGGCACUGGCUCAGGAGAAUUCUCAACUGAAGUCAAGGGACCCAUUCAGAAGACCUUCACCACAACUAUCACUGAAAAGAAGUUCUUCCAAACCGAACCUAAAUACGUUACCUACACGACUAAGCCUGAAAUCAUCAGCUAUACCACCAAACCAGAAAUCGUGACGUACACGACCAAACCCGAAAUUGUCACUUUCACGACCAAACCCGAAUACUUCACUUACACAACGAAACCGAAAUACGUGACUUACACCACUAAACCUGAAAUCAUCAGCUAUACCACCAAACCUGAAAUCGUAACUUACACUACAAAACCCGAAAUUGUCACUUUCACGACGAAACCGGAGAUUAUCACUUAUACUACUAAACCCAAGAUUGUGACGUACACCACUAAGCCUCAAAUCAUCCGAUUCGAUUACCAGACUUCUGGAAGUCAGACGAGCCAGCAAGUUGUAGCCCCAAGCGUGUCCUUUAACCCUUCAUUCUCAGAAGUGGUUGGAGCCGGCCACGUCCACGACGCCAAAUGCAAAUGUGUCGAAGGAAAAUGAACAACGAUGACUUGAUAUAAAAACGAAAAAAAUUGGUAACUUAUUGCUUUGGAGUGGACUAUGUGCCAUAAAAUUUUUUAUUCAUCAUUUUAUUUUGUGUUUUUUUUUAUUAUACUUAAACAAUUGGGUUUUUUAUGUAAAUUAAACUUAUUUACAGUACAAAAAAUGUAAUACUCCAGUUCCUACAAGCGAAGUUACCAUUAUUCUGGUCAAAAUUUGUUUGUUUUUUUUAAUAAAAUAAUAAUUGUUGUGUUUUUUUACAAGGAAACUGCGAGCGAAAU